UUUUCUGAUUUCUGUAUAGCCAUCAUGUCACACGAUUCCACGAGAGCAUGAACAAUUAAUUAUUACAAUGAUUAUAGGAAAAUUUUCGUCAACAUUAAGCAUGUUCUUGCGCCUUACCAAUCCGAUUGUGAAUGAUUGGAUGGCAAGAAUAUAUGCUUUUGUGCCAAUUAUUUCUAUAUUUGAUUGCGCUGUCGAAUGCGUCACCGACUUCAAUUGCCAGCUCUACGCCGUGGAAGAUGGUAUGUGUCUCUUGGGCAACGGAAUCGUCUUCAACAGCUCGAUGCCAGUUGCAAAAAAUCCCUCUGAAGGCAUAUUUGUGGCCACAGGGUUUGCCAAUGAAGCUGGUCCCAUGGAAUUAUUGAAUGUCACAAGUUCAUUUUGGAUGGAUCACAUCUACUACUUUAGUACGUGUGAUCUCAAGGACCGGUGCGAGCUUUGGUGUUUCUUGGAACGGUCACCCUGCCAAUACGUGGUCUUCAACGGAUCAAUCUGUUUUAUGGGGUCAACAGAACGAGAGAGUCUCCUGGUUAAAAAUAUAUCAACGGUACCACAACAAAACGUUUGGUUGACCAAAAAGGGAAUUGAAAAUACUGACUACAAGCUUACUUUUGAAGGGAACAUUAAUACUACGAAAUAUGCUUCCUUUGUAUUCAAAUCAUACAGUGCUGAAGAUUUUCUGCAAAGCUGUGAGUUUUUUUGCGCUUUUCAAAUGGAUCCCGUAUGUCAUUUUUUCUUUCGAAAUGGUGACAUUUGUUAUUUUGGCAACAUGGAUAAGACGCUACCGAGUAUCAUGAAUUCUACAAUCCGUGAAACGAUUACUCUAUAUAUACAAUCUCUGCUCCCCUACUUGAAAACUCUUUUCAAACCAAGGCUAACCUCAGAUUGGGCGUCACAGAUGUACAAAAAAAUCUUACUCACCUAUCCGAGCCCUCAAAAUGACAAUGAAUGCCUCCUGAGAUGUCACUUUGAUGAUGGGCCUUGCCAUUCAUUUGUGGUCCAAGAAAACGAUUGCUAUCUGGGUGAUCCAUUUGUCAACUCGAGCCUGUUUGUUGGAACACGGGAGACCGUUAUAAUGGAAAAAAAUCCUCAACUUCACGUGAACCAUGGCGGGAGUAAAGGAAACGGCGAUGAAAAAACUUCCUCCAUUUUCCAAGGCUAUCAUGGACAGUGUGGCCAUAGUUUACUUGAUCUACCUUAUCCAUUGCGUGCCAUGGGAUAUGCGUAUGGAGAAGAUUCAAUUUUCGUUUGUGGAGGUAUUUCUGACGUUGGUGGUGGAGAACAAGACAAAUGUUAUCAAUGGCGAUUCAAAGUUUUUCCAAGGGCGUGGAUCCCACUUCCCGCCAUGAUGAAUAAUCAGAUGAUGUUUCCAAUGUUUUAUCACCAAGGGAAAUUGUAUGCGGCAGGAGGCCGCAGUAGUGGAUCAACCAUACGUAAUAUGCGGGUCCUUAAUUUGGAAUCAGAUUCAUGGACAAAUGGAGCGGCAUAUUUGGAGUCAGGGUUUUACGCGCAUUGUGGAAUUUUGCAUCAAGAUCGCAUUUAUUCAUUUGGUGGUUCCAGAAAUGCUUUGUUGUACUCAAAAGCUGUGCAAAUCUAUGACAUUACAACGGAUUCUUGGGCCAGCAGCUCUUUCGACCUACCACAAGGUCUACGACAAAUGGCUUGUGGUCUCGUGCCAGGAGAUGGAGACUGGAUUCCAGACUUGUUCCUUUUAGCAGGAGGAGAAAUUGGUCCAGGCGAAUAUUCUAAUAAGGUGUACUCCAUUGAUCCAACCUCCAAUGGAGAGGUAGUGGAGAUGCUUCAAUUGUCCAUGUCCGUAUCUCGAUUUGGGUCGCAGAACUGCUUUGCUGUGUUUCACGAAAACGUGGUCUUUCUUGCUAUUGGCUAUGGAAAUGGGACACAUAAAACUGACACAGUGUUAAAAUGGGACCGUUGGGUCCCAAGCCUUAACCCCUACUCCACUAAGCUUCCUGGUUUGGAGCAGCCAGGAAAUGCCAUGAUCCCUCUUCGUAAUCUGCCUGUUUGUACAGAUCAAUCUCUAUUGUGGAAAUCAAUCGUGAACCAAGUCAAACCAGCAAGAUUUCCUGUUGAGGGUUGGAACGAAAACUUUGAAGACAGCCAACAUACUAUGUACAGUCAAUUUCAAUUGAUUGAACAAAACAGUUGUGAGGGGAAAUAUCACUUCCGUUUAAUAUAUCCAGAGCUUGGAACAUACAACGAGUGGUAUCAGACCAAUGAUCCGUCCAAUGCAUCACACAUGUCUGUUACUGGCUUUGAAGGUCUAGCUUUGGGGAUGCCCAUUGGUUUCCAUGGGUUGUUGUAUAACAAUAUCGAUGCUUUGGCUAUGGGUGAUUCUAAUGCAACGCACCCCCAAUGGUUUUCAGUGGGAAGGAUCAAGAUGGAUACCGUUAGUGGAGAAUUUCCUGGCCCACAAAACACUUUUGUCUCUAAAGUGCAACUUUUCAUUAAAAACGAUUGUGCAACUACAUGAAAGAAAAACAAUGCAGUGUGUGAUUGACGAAACUUAUUAUAUCAUAUUGUCAUUUCACUCCAUACAAACUUUUUUUUCGCUUUAGAGUCGAAGUAAAGAGGAAUCUAAGAUCAUUUUGCAACCAGGUUCAAAACAUGCAAUAAAAUAUUUUGGUAGAAGUUUGAUUAAAGUGAUUUGUCUAAACUUUAGAAACGCCAAGGAGAUAAUAUGCUGACCUUUAAAAUGCGGCAUCAUAUUUAUAGACUCUGCAAUGCGACGCUCUUGACUCAGGUCGAUAAACAAUCAAUGAUAUUUUUUGUAGCUUGCCCCCAAUCUAGUGGUCCUCUUUGUCUCCCACCAAUGUUCGACUAAAAAUUUGACCAUUGAAAAAUUGAUCUGAUUAAAACAUGCUAAAUCGGUUAUAAAUCUUUGCUAAUCUGCCCAUUCUCUGUCGCUUUAAUAUGAGAAUUGUCAAGGUCAUUGUUACUGCAAUAAAACUGACUAUCUU